AUAUCUCAUAUUUUAAACAUUACAAUGUCAGAAUUCCAUUAAAUUUUCUAUCAAUUUGACUGUUAAAUAAUGAUGUGGCAAGUGCAGGGCCCACUUUUUAGAAUAAAAAAUUAAUUAAUUAUUAAGAAAUUAAGAAAUUUUUUUGUUUGAAAAAAUUAAAAUUAAAUAAAAAGAAUCCCUCUCUUGUCUCUCCGCUUCUCUCUCUCCCUUGUCCUUCUCCAAGCUUCUUAAUGGCCUUCCAGUACACGCUACCAGUGUAAGAUUCCCAUUUUUUUUCAAGCUUAAACAAGAAAACCCAGAUCGCAAAACCUUACUCAUAGUGAAUUUCUGCCCUGGACGAUCGAAUCAGUGGGAUUAUCGAAGUUGGAACAGUCCGGAACGGUGCCGUUUUGGGUUACCAAUUUGCUCGAAUCAAAUCGCCAAUUUCAGCCGACGAGACGCUGUGGCUGGCGGUGUUGAGUCCCAGAGAGUGAUGCUGGAGCCGUUGACGAAGCGGAGGUUGCCGGAUUGGAGGCAAUGGCAAUGGCGAAUCAUUAAGCUUCCACGCCACAGAUGCAAUGGAUGUGUAAUCACAAUUCGCAAACCAACAAUUUGGAGAAAGCGGAGAGAGAAAACGAACCCGAAAAAGAGGAGCAACCAGGCAUGCCAGCUCCGCCGCAAUCGACGGUGUCCACGAGACGGCGCUCCGCUCGGUGCUGCAGCGGAUCCAGCAGGCAGCUGAAAAAUCAGCGCGUGAAGCCCAAAACAUCCGAGUGGUGGCGAUGAGCAAGACGAAGCCAGUCUCCCUGCUCCGCCAAGUGUACGACACCGGCCAUCGCUGUUUCGGUGAAAACUACGUCCAAGAAAUCGUCGACAAAGCUCCUCAGCUUCUGGAGGACAUUGAAUGGCAUUUCUUUGGGCAUUUGCAGAGCAAUAAAGUAAAAUCCCUUCUAAGUGUCCUUUUUGUUGUAAACAUUCUCCAGAAGUCGAAAGAUGUCUCCUUGGAACCUUAGCAUCUAAGUCAAACAUUCUCCGGUGUUAAGAGUAUGAAGAAUGAAUGAUGAGGAUUGUGCCACUUGUCAGUCAACGGGGAGAUAGAUUACACUAGGCAGUUAUAAAGGUUGUUAGGAUUAGCUGUAAUGGAUAAUCUUGUAACCAAGAUAAGGUUGUUGUAAUAA